UGCUGAGAUCAGGGUGGGGGUGGCUGGGUGAAGACACAGCUUGCAACUUGCUCUGUGAUCCAUGUGACAGCAGUUUCCGUUAGUUCCUUCCGCAAGUUCUAAAUUAAUCUGACGUUAAGUGAGAGCAAACUGCUAAUUUUAUUAUUUAUUCAUUUGUUUACUUUAAAAGUAACCUGUAGACCAGAGGACAGGCCCUGGUGCAGAAUGACCCUCCCAAUGCUGAGCAUGUCGCUCCAACUGGGGUUGUGCUGUUGAAAUGGCGCUAGUAGCUCUGAGUAUUUCCCUGUGUAUAGCUAUCCUCGAUACAGGAUGUGGAACCAAACCUUCAGACUUUCACAGUCUCUGUAAACUAGAAGAGAAAACUGUACACUGCAAUGGGAAGAGGCUGAUCUCCAUCCCACAAGACUUACCUGCUGGAACAGAGAAACUCUUCCUGGAUGGCAAUCUUAUGCAAACACUAAAGAAUGCAACUUUAGAGCAGUAUCAAGUUCUGCAGAGUCUCAGUCUAUGCAAGAAUGGACUGGAGACAAUUGAACCCGGAGCUUUCCUUGGCAGCACAACUCUCACUGUUUUGUUGGUGGCUGACAAUGACCUCUCCACAAACUAUUCUGUGACAGCAACUGCUCUGUGGACUUUGCUUGUCCUACAGAAACUGGACCUAUCUGGAAACCAGCUCACUGAGGCCAUGAUGAGCACCUUGAUAGAGCAUUUGUCUUCUCUAGAAUCUUUGUCUAUGGCCAGGAAUGCUAUAAUGAGGCUGGAUGACUCCCACUUCAAAAACCUGCCCAAACUGCAGCACCUGGAUUUACAGCAGAACUACAUCUUUGAGAUUGAGACUGGUGCUUUUGAAGGUGUGUCAGGGCUGCAGACGCUGAAUCUGGCCUACAACUACAUCCCUUGCAUUGUGGAGUUUGAUCUGACCCAACUCCAAAUUUUAAAUGUUAGCCACAAUCACAUUGAGUGGUUUUUGGCUGUCGAAAAUGAUGCUGUCUUUGAACUAGAAACACUAGACCUUUCCCACAACCAACUUCUAUUCUUCCCACUGUUGCCCAGGGUAAAUAAAUUGCAAACUCUGCUGCUGACACACAAUAAAAUGAACUUCUAUGGAAAUUUUUCCAACCAUUCAGAGAGCUCUGUGCAACUGCUCUUUCUGGAUGGCAACGUCACCAACAUCACCACUCAUGAACUGUGGGAAGAAAUGAGCCAUAGCAACCUUUCUUUCUUGACAUUUCUAGAUAUGAGCUGGAACCAGCUCUGGUAUCUGCCAGAUAGUUUUUUUGAAGGGAUGGUUUCCCUUGCCCACUUAAACAUGAGUCACAAUUGCUUAACAACAUUGUGCAUACAUGAGAAAGAACUACUGAAGACCCUCGUAGACCUGGAUCUCAGCUAUAACCAGCUUUUAGAUAUACAGGUGAACUUUGGUCCUGAAGUUAGCUUACUCAGCCUCCAAAGAUUCAAUCUAAAUAACAACAGACUUCAUGGUUUGCCUGCUAAAAUCUUUACUCACACAAAAAAUAUUGCUACAAUUAACCUCAGUAAGAAUCCAAUAGAGAUUUGUACACCACACGGUGCUGGAAGCUCCAGCUGUGUAGAUAUCAGCAAUGUUGCCUCCAUAAGGAACCUUUUCUUGGCUGGUUGUGACUUACAUGAGCUGGGCAACGACAUCUUUCAAGGGACCUCAUUAGCAUACUUAGACCUAUCUAACAACCCCAGGGCACUCCUCAAUGGCUUAGGACCUCUGGAAGAUGUUGCACAAUCCCUGCAGGUGCUCUCUGUCCGGGACACCGGCCUCUCUGCCGCAAGAACAGAGAUGGACUUUUCUGCUUUUCAGAUGCUUGUGGAGUUGGAUCUCUCUGAAAACUCUCUGACCAGCUUCCCUGAAUCUUUAAUAGAUCUGAAACUGCAUACUUUGGAUCUCAGGAGAAAUCAUCUCCACUCCCUACCUCAGCAUGCUAUGCAAAAACAACUUGGAAAGAGCUUGCAUACAAUCUACCUCAGCCAGAAUCCCUAUGACUGCUGCAAACUCAGGUGGUGGGACACUCUCUGCAACCUUGGCACUGUCCACAUUGCAGACAUGAGUAAAGUCACUUGUAACCAUUCCUCCAGAUUUAUCAAUGCAGCAAAUCUGCCUGAAUACGUCCUACAAAAUUGCAGUUGGCUAGCACCAGAUAUGACUUUGCUGUAUCUGGUGCUUGCAUUUCCUACCUGCUUGGCUCUAUUGGUUGCCUCUGCUAUCAUCUUUCUAACUUUUAGGCAACCAAUUCUUCAAAUGGUAAAGAGCAGGUACAGAACAUCCAGUCCGUAUUGACUCUGUCUCUCUCUGUGGUGUGGAAAUGGAGAGAAAAGCACAAUACUGAACGUCAGGAAUGGGGCUUAGCCAGGGUGGUGAAAAAGUUGGAACACCUUGCAGGUGUUGUAGCUACAGGUAUGGUUCCAGCAAGCUGCUAUGUUUGGUGAGGCAUCAUAAGGAGCUGCCCAGCUAGUUUAGUAAACUCUUGUUAAUAUCUUUGGCAGAGAUGGAAGAGCAUGCAAAUUCUGUGCAGAGAUACAUGCCAGUAAUAAAGUUGCAAUGCACAACAGGAAAAAAGUGCACCUACAAAGAUAAGAGCAUAAGAUGACUUUUCCUGGGAAUCAAAUACAUUUGAACACAUACAUCUGUAUGAAACUUUGCGUGUUGGGCAAGCAAAAAUUUAUUUUUCCCCUAGACGGAUCCGCUCUCCCGCCCAUAUGUAGGGUUGUUCGCACAGUAAAUGAAAGAUUAACUGGGCAGAUCAAAUAGUAGAAAGGAUGUAGUGGUUUUUGUUUAUGUAGGUAAUGUGUUAAGGCUGUUAUAGCACUACUGGUUGCUUCAUGAUUUCUUAACAUGGGGAAGCCAGAGGAAGAAUUAUAAUGCAUGCACUGUUGAUUUUAUAUAAGGAACGGUGUUGUGUGCAAAGUCCAAAUGCAUAAUACAGAUUGGAAUAUAGUGGGCCAUAUUACAGAGGUGAUCAUAGUCUUGAAUUUGUCCAUUGAAAAGCUAACCUCAAAUGUUCUCACUGCUGCUGGUUCAUCAGCCAGAAGUGUCAGGGUUACGCUAAAAAAA